UCCGCUGUAAAUAAACAGAACAAUCGCAAACACGGAAACAACGUAAACAAAAAGUUGUAAAAAAAUUGUUAAGAACAUUGUUGAAUUUCGCGCUAUUAAAAAUAAUUCAAAGUGAACAAAAAAACCCUUCACAAUGUCCAUCGUGCAACGUCAUCGAAUCAACUUUCAUCCCCAGGAAGUGCAAGCCCUGCUGAAGGCAUGUCUCAUCUACAAGGUGGAACAGUUCCGACAGGCUGGCAAGAGCACUGGCCACCUGUUCUACGACAUCCAGCAGGAGAUGGCCAAGUACGGAGAAUUUCCCGAGCGACCGUUGUUCCAUCUGCGUGCCCACUACCGGCGGGUUCAAAAGCGGUACAAGCAAGGCCGCAAACCGUAUCCACCGGAAGCGCGCGAACUUUGGGGAAGGCUCGAGGAGGAAACCGACGCCCAAGUUUCAGAGAACGAUGAAGCAUGGGAAGCUCUAACGGAGAAGAAAACAGCCAUGAAAGCUGCUUGCUCGUAUCUCACCAAGCCGGAACUUGUCGAACUUCUCAGGGAUGCAAUUGAUAAGGACGUUGAGAACCAGCUGGAUGAGCAGCAGGAAGAAACGUUCCAAGUUAUUCUGAAUAACAUGCAAUCGAAGAAGCUUUUCCUGGGAAGAAAUUCAAAUGAUCUCCAUCGCACAUACAAACGACUAAAGAAACGGUUUCUUAAGGGCAAACACAACCGCGAGUUUCCCGAGUCGGCUGCCACGCUUUGGAGUAAAGCUGGUUCAGUUGUGCCGGAACCGGUUGAUGAUUUUUCUGUUGUGGAUUCUCCGGGACCCCAAGAGGCGAAUGAUUCUCCUGAAUCUCAGGAUGCGGAGGACGUAAAAGUUGAAGAAACCGACACAGAAGUUGUGUGUUCGAUUUGCCAAGCUUGUGCGUACGAGACGAAGCACCUCUUUCGAGAUGUGUAUCAAAACCAAACCUAUGCAGAAAUUAUCAACCAGACUCUGAACGUGAAGAUGUUGUGGAAUGGCUAUUCUUCUGCAGUAAUUUGUCAGCUUUGCUCGACCUACGUAGAAGGCCUGCAAGUUUUCUGGAACCAGUGUCGUGAAAGCUGCGACAAGCUGAACGUUGAAUUGGUGACCAAAGAAGAACCAGUGCUGGAAGAGCCCACCUUCUGGGAAAGUACCCCGACAUCCGGUUCUCCACAAAACGAUAUCGAAGAAACCACCAGCAUUGGAUGUGAGGAUUUCCAAACAGACGACACUUUCCGAGAACUGACGCUAGAAGAAACGUUGGCAACUGAAACACCGACAAUUGACCAUGUUUUGGAAGAAACGCAGCCCAUCGAGAGGAAAGUCCAACCAACCAAGGAACUUACCAGAGAGGAGUUGAACAUGCUCAAAUUCAAGGAGAGCUUCUCAGCGGGCGACAGGCGUAAAACUAAAGAUGUCCCAAAGCAGUGCGACUUGUGCGGUAAAACCGUAGUCGAUCUCCGAAGUCAUCUUAACAGUCACUACGGCAUCAAGUCUCACGCUUGUGAUCUUUGCCCAAGGAAGUUUACCAAUCGCUCUCAGUUGCGUACUCAUAUCAACUCUCAUACUCAUGAGAAAAAAUAUGCUUGUCUGUACUGCGAUGCUGUGUUCGUUUCAUGGAAGAACAAAGACUAUCACGAGAAAAAGCACAUUGUAGAGAUGAACAAUAUCUCGUACGACUGUGACCAGUGUGAUGCUACAUUCAAAGUUGAGAAAAAUCUCCGAAACCACAUCAAGUUCAAGCAUCUAAACAUGCGCAAAAUCCAGUGCUCCCAGUGUGAAUUCGCCACAAUUACCAAAUCGCGUCUGAUGAACCACGUGCGAAGCAUUCACAGCAAGGAGCGUCCGUUUCAUUGUCCGUUCUGCAAUUUCAACACAAACACCAACACCGGCUACUUCAUCCACUUUAGGCGGCACAAAAGCAGUGGAGAAGCGACCGAGUAUCACAUCAGGUGCGGAUAUUGCCAGGAAACGUUCUUGAAGGAUGCAGUUUUUGAAAAGCAUAUUCUUCAGGAACAUCCCGAUCGGGCGAUAAAAGUGUGAGGAUGGAGAGGGUAAGUGCGUGAUGCUUUUUAUGUUUUAUCGAUUCGUCCCUAUAAAAAAAGUGAUUAUCAAAA